UAACAUUUGAUAUUGACUGUGGCGAGGAACUGUCCUACUGCAUUUCUGUGAUUAUCAUAGAGGCUGGAAUGGACUACAGAUUAGAAUUAUGUGUUCUAGUAUCAGAACUCGUGAUAUCUUGGUAGUGCUAACACAGAUGAUUAUUCAGUGAGUGAUAGUAAAGCAAACUCUACGUUGGUAACCAUGUGAUAUAAUACAUGUGACUUUGCUUGAACCACAGCUGAUUGGUGUGCCAAUAUUUAAUAUCGGAAGCGUAAUUAUAGUUGCGUCUGUCUGUUGGAAAACAAUUAAAGUUCUUGUUAUAACGUUACUUCCUGAGCGUUCAAAUGUACUGUAAUUAGUUUCACGUAAAUUUGAUUGCUCUAUACAAAUUCUUUGCUUUUAAAAUUUCCGUGCUUAUGAAACUGCCAGCUUUGGUAAAGUCAUUUCUGUUAGGAAUUCCUGUUGGGAUCACUUUUUUGGAUACCGUAGGAUAUGUUGCAAGAGUGGAAGGUAUUUCAAUGCAGCCCGCUCUUAAUCCAGAGGCGCCGGUGACCGAUUAUGUACUUUUGAAUAGGUGGUCUAUUAGAACUAGAGAAAUUUCACGAGGAGACGUUGUAUCUUUGGUCUCUCCGAAAGAUCCCGGGCAGAAAAUCAUCAAAAGAGUUGUUGGCAUAGAAGGUGAUCUGAUAUCAACAAUUGGAUAUAAACAAUCAUUUAUUCGGAUACCAGAAGGGCACUGUUGGGUUGAAGGUGAUCAUACAGGACAUUCUAUGGAUUCAAACUCUUUCGGGCCAGUGUCUUUGGGUCUCGUCACAGCAAAAGCAUCCUGCAUUGUGUGGCCUCCACAUCGCUGGCAGACUUUAAAACCGGAAAUUCCACAAGCAAGAAGACCAGUAAAUAUUUCGUGAUUUUGCAUAUUUAACUUAUAAUAGAAAUAUGCG